UUAGUUGUCGUCGAGGAGGAAUUAAAGGAUAGUCAUGUCGAGCUCGUGGAAAAGUGUGAUGAAAUUAUCAUCGAUGACGGGUGCGAGUUUAGCCGGUUGGUUAGCCGGUAAACAUUACGAACGGCAUUGGAGUGGCAGCUUGGGGAAAAAUGACGGGCGGCGGUCUUUUCUGUAUGGGACGAAUGUCAAAAGUUUCCCUGGAUUGCCUAUCUUCGGAACGGUGUCGGCUGCUGCGCCGAUCCAUUCGGCCGAUGAGUUCAACGAGAUGGGUCCGAAAUUAUCUGUGUCUGAAUCUAGAAUAAGUCAAUGGUUCUGCUGUCAUCGUCCGCAGAUUAUGAAAUAUGGCUUUCCAGGAUUGGACAAUAUAAGGUCUUACGAUGACUUUGUUCUUUCAUACGAUAGAAGAAAUCGAGUUGCUCAUUGGGUUUUUGAACACCUUACGAAAGAAAGUUUGAAAAAGAACGAUCAGAUCGAUCGUUCGAAAUGUGAAUUUGUACCCGACACGUCUAUUCAUCCAUUUUUUAGAUCGCAGAAUACGGAUUAUAAAAAAAGUGGUUACGAUCGCGGACAUUUGGCUGCUGCUGGAAAUCACAGAUUACAUCAGAAGCACAUACAGCAAACAUUUUAUCUGACAAAUAUGGCGCCGCAAGUAGGAGCUGGUUUUAAUAGGAGCUCGUGGAAUAGGCUAGAAAUUUAUGUGAGAAGCUUGACAAACAUAUAUAAAGAUGUAUAUGUAUGCACAGGGCCCUUAUACUUACCAAAGGUCGAAUCGGAUGGUAAAAAGUACGUCAGAUACGAAGUUAUUGGCUCGAAUCACGUUGCAGUCCCCACACACUUUUACAAAAUCAUUGUAGGCGAAACAAAAGAUUUGAAGUUAGAAAUGGAAGCUUUUGUAAUGCCCAAUGCGCCCAUCGACGAUGAUGCGCCAUUAAAAAACUUUCAAGUUCCACCGGAAAGUGUCGAGAGGGCUGCGGGAUUGUUAUUUUUUGAUAAGCUUUCAAAAAAUAAACUACACAAAAUUAAUGGAAAAAGCAUAAAGUGAUAUGGAAAAAUUGAAUUAGUAAAAUUUGUAAAAAUGCGCGAAGUGCAAUACGAUAAGAAGGAAAUUAUUUUCGUUUUUAUAUUUUACAUUAGAACGAGGCACGAAUCGAAUGUAUUUUGUAUAUACAA